AUGCGUAUCUGGCUGCACAACCGCUACUCAACGCAUGGGACCGCGGUCGGAUACAAUGGGCAGAACGAGAAGAAGAUACGUUUAAAUGAGAUGUGGAUCCUGGCGUUCGAUCCCGGCGCGGAGAGUUCCUUUCGCCUCAUCACCGUUGCCUCGAGCGGUCUCGCCAUCCGCAUCGAGUUUUCCAACCACCAAGGCAAAGAGGCACACCCGGCUGUGACCGAACCGCCGAGUGAAGCUCAGACCACCUCUGAACGCCUGAUCUAUUUCAAAGAACGUAAAAUCGGGAGCGGCAUAUUCGGUCGCGUGUUCCGGCUCAUCAGAGCCUGCGACGGCCAGUAUUUCACUGGCAAGGUCUUCACGCCGCCGCCGACCAGCAAAAAGAGGCGCCGCGGGGAGACCGACCCAGCAUAG